AUGGCUCUUGCAGUUCUUCGGCUCGCUCGUUUCUCACAGCGUGCCUCUUUUUUCACUAGGUCUACACUAGCAGCAAAUACCACCCAUCAACGGUCUAUAUCGCUUCAAUCCUAUGUAGUUACGCCAAAGGAGCUCCACGAGGCCUUGAAACAAAACGCGCCAACGAAAAUAUCAUCCUCUCCUCGGGUUAUCCCACUAUGCGCUGCCUGGUUCAUGCCGAAUGACCCAGAGGGCCGUACUGGAACCGAAACCUUCAAGAAGAAAAGAAUCCCCAAUGCACGCUUCUUCGACAUUGAUGUAGUGAAAGAUACCAAAUCCCCCUAUCCACAUAUGCUUCCGUCGAAAGAAGAAUUUGCCGAAGCUAUGCGGUCAAUGGGCAUACGUCGUGACGACCGAGUGGUAGUCUAUGAUACUGAAGAACAAGGCAUUCUCAGUGCUCCUCGAGUUGGAUGGACCUUGAGAAUAUUUGGACACCCAAAUGUGCAUGUCCUAAACAACUUUAGGAUGUGGGUUCGUGAAGGAUACCCGGUUGAAGAAGGUGAGGUGGCUCCCAACGACACCUCGGACUAUAUAGUCGACGACUACCAUCCAAACCGAGUGGUUCAUUUCCAAGAGCUGAAGGAGAUGGGUGAGAAUUACGGGAAGGAAGGCUCGGAAACGGCGCAGAUCUUGGACGCUCGACCAAGGGGCCGAUGGGCGGGAACAGACAAGGAACCCAGGGCCGGUCUAUCCUCUGGCCAUAUGCCAGGUUCAACAAGUAUACCACUCGGAGAGCUUCUUGAUCCGGAAACGAAAGCUUUGCGUUCUCCGGAUGAGUUAAGGCAGCUAUUUGAGUCAAAGGGGGUUGACCGAAACCGACCAGUCAUCACCACUUGUGGAUCUGGGGUCACUGCCACCGUCAUUGAUCUUGCAUUGGAGCAAGCCGAUUACAUGCCUCAGGAGAACAGACGAGUCUAUGACGGAAGCUGGACCAUUAUUGGUGUAUCCGAACUAUCUGAGCAGCAUAAGGGUCAUCCAACAACAACAUAG